AUGGAGCAAGGACUGAAAGCGGCCAAGAGUGAGAUCUUCAUGAUCGACGAAGUCCGCGCGGAUGGCCGGGUGCCUGGGCUGAAGGAAGCGCCAGAGAUCUUGAUCUUCAUCGACGAAGUCAAGGCUCGAAGCGAGAACAUGGAGUUCGACUAUGAUGCCAAGGAAGGUACCUGGAAGACCCGUGGCAUUGACGGAGUGAUCCGACCAUGGUUCUUCCAGAAAGUUGUGGAUCAAAGAGCUGGACCAGGUCGUGGCAACGUCCUUUUCCAGUCCAAGGAGGAUCCUUUGAUGCAGGCCAACAAGGUACCAAAGGUUGUACGGCCCAAGUUUCUUUUGCAUGCAACUUUCUGGGAGAAUGUGGAUGGCAUUCUUCGAGAAGGCCUCGUCCCGGCCAAGAACCCAUUGUCCAGCACCAGAAGACCCUUCAAGAAUUUGCUGCAGGGUGCAGAGUCACACGUCUACACCCUUCGUGGUGGCCAAAGCGCGCCGAGAUUGGUGGAGGAGCAGGAGCCUGCUGCACAGGCGCAGGCUUCUAAUUUCGAGAUCGAUAAGGACCGCGCGGGUCUUGAUAGACGGCCAGAUGCGAUCUUCGUCAUCGACACGAAGAAGGCCGCGGAUUUAGGCAUAGACUUGGAGCUGGUUCAGUCCAGUGACAGGGAGGACAACAUCUAUGUUAGAGGCAGCGUGCCUGCCAAGAUCCUCUCAGCCUGUGAACCCAACAUACCGACGAACUUGCCGGAUGCGCUGAAGGCAAAGAUUGUUGAUCCGAAGUCCUUUGAAGACGUGCCGAUCAUCGACUUGUGUCGGGACGAGGCAGCUCUUGUGGACGAGAUCCGCUACGCUUGUGAGGUUGUGGGCUUCAUGCAGGUCACAGGGCAUGGCAUCUCGGAGCAGUUGCAGCAGAAGCACAUGGACUUGCAGAAGAAGUUCUUUGAGCUGCCGCAGGCGGUAAAGGACCGCUUGAAGCUGAGCGAUGAGAGCCCCGUUCGUGGGUGGUUUGGGCGUGGCGGCGAGGAUCUCGACCAAGUUCUGGAGAAGCAGGUCGAUGAGGCCGACGGCAAGGACACAAUCAAAAAGGCGCGCAAGGAUCUCAAAGAGGCCUUGGACUGCAAUGGGGUCCCAUUUUCCCGGCCUGUUGGGGGAUACAUUGCUGAAAUCUUUGCGCAGCCUUCCCAGCUGCCGACUGAGGCGGAACUUGGGGGCUUCCGGGCGGUGCUUGAUGAGUACGUGUGCUGCCUCAGCUAUCUCUGCAUGCUGAUGUGGUAG